GAUUCAGUUCCCCAGACAACCAGCAGGAGGUGACAGGCUUCACUGACUCCACCACACUGAGGACGCUGGUUUGGGUUUCUGCUUCAUGCGAGUUGCACCGGGACUGAGAGCCAGCAUUCAACCCUGUUCUGUGAUACCAGCUGGAUACUCAACAAUAAUCGCUACCGUCUUCUUUGAAGAGUAACCCUGAACAACCGUUGUUAAGAGAUAUUAUAUCUGAAGGAGUGUGGAAACAUCUCACAGCUGCUGGUCUUCACGGUGUAACGGAGGAGAUUAAAGCCCGUAAUGUUCAAUCCACACAUCCAUCAGCAGCAGCAGCAGCAGCAGCAACAGCAGCAACAGUUUCACCAGCACCUGCGGCAGCUACAGCAACUUUUCCAGCAGCAGCCUCCUCCUCCUCCACCGCAGCCGCCUCCUGGGCAUCAUGUCCCCCAUCACCACCACCAGGCACAGCGAGCCAUUCCUAACCAGGCAGCUCCUCCUCCCAGGAUGGUAAACCUGUGCCAGGCGACCCAGACUACCAUCAUCGCCCCCAAUCAAAUGCUGCAGGGGGCCCUACUGAUGCAGCAGAUGCAGGGUAAUAUGCGGGGCUAUGGGAUGGGUGGACAGCAGUUCCGUCAGUUUUUCGGGUCUAGGUCGUCUCUGCUCGGGCCGGUUCCCAUGGGCAUGGCCAUCAAGUCCCCCAUGAUGGGUUACCCAGCUGCUCGACCGUACCACCAACAUGCUCGCUACUACAACAACACCUCUACCACCACCACAGCUGCUUCAUCCUCCUCCUCCUCUUCCACCAUGAUCGCAGACACUGCAGCUCGCCAGCCAGACAGGAAGAGAGACAGCGAGCAGAUGGCAGCGGGAAGCGCAGCAGACCAGCCGGCAGCUAGCAGCACCAUUGAAGCCGCUGACAAGACUGACACAGAUGGUGCCGUGGGGGGAGUGGAUGAACCCACACAGCCCACUGAGGAACCACUUGAAGAACCUGUAGUCAAGAAGCAGAGGACAGAUGGGUCGGAGGAGCCCAAAGAACAGUGUGUUGUUGAGACCGUCACCAUCUCAGAUACAGAUGGGGAAGUUCUGUUAUCAGAGUGUGUCACCAUCCCAGAGGACAGUCAGCCUGAACCUGAAGACUGCAUUCUUCUGGAGGAAGGAGGCUCCACAGCAGGAUCAGAUGUUGCUGAGGUGCUGGAGGAGAGCAAAGCUGCUGAGGAGCACAGCUCUUUGUUAGCCCCGUCCCCAUCUGGCAGGCUGAGUGAAGAUGACCAGCAGGAUGAUUUACUCUUAGAGGAGACGCCACAAGGCAAAGACGCCCCUUUAGCUUCACCAGACAACAUGGAGGAAGAAGAUGAGGGUGUAGCCGAGGGCGCCAACAAGUUCUACUGCUAUCUCUGCAGCAUUACCUGCCACAACCAGCAAAACUUCAGGAGUCAUAUGAACAGUGUUUCCCACCAGCAGAGGAUGAUGGAGAUCCAACACAUGAGCAACGCUUGCCUGGUCACCCUGCUGCCACGAGUGCAGGAGUCUCUACAGGAAGCAAACAAAGAUGGAGAGAAGAAAACCGACUUGAAGCACUGGUGUGCCACCUGUCACACCCACUUCACCAGUAGCAUCACGGAUCACCGUCGCACUGAGGAGCACAAACUUGCCAGCAGAACAGCCAUCUCUUCCUGCACCGUCUGCAAGAAACACUUCAGGACCUCCCAAAUUUUUGUGGAGCACUUGCAGUCCCAGGAGCACAGACAGAAAGUGGAGAAGCUCCAGGAACAGGAGGGCUGUGAGGCUUUAGGCAAGCUGACUGCUGUGGACACAGACGGCUUCUUGUUAGAAGAGGUGGAGGGCAGUGAGGUGGAGGAGGGAGACGAGAGACAGAUGAAUGAACAGGAUGACUGGUCCUCCCUUAACGAAGUGACUCUAAAGGACAUGGCCAGUGAUGAGCAGUAUGACUCAGACACAGUCUACGGGUCCAGUUUUUUUGUUCCAGUAGCAGGUUUUAUCUGCAGACUCUGCAACAAGUUUUACCACUUUGAAUCUUCUGCCCUACACACCCACUGCAAAUCGAUGAAGCACUUCGAGAACCUCAAGAAGCACAGAGAUAUAGUGAGUCAAAAGAAAGAAGCUGCUGAAUCUUCCAGAGAAUCUCUCCUAGCUGCAGACAGCCUCAGGCCUGUAACAGAAACCACCACAGACUGUUUGGAUGAACAUUCCCUCUCUGAUGACGCGGGUUCAGUGAUGAACCCAGACUCCGAGCAGCCCAUCGACACACUCACCGGAGUGAACACGCAGACAGAGAACCAGCAACAGGAGGAACAAGCAGAAUCUGACCCAACCUCACAGGACUUCGUCAGCACCUCAGCGACCAGCAACACAGACCACGUCAUGGAGGAUGAGACCACAUCCCUGGCCUCUGUAGUUCCGGAGAUUCCAGCUGAGCUGCCAGCUGAGCUGCCUGCUGAGCUGCCUGCUGAGCUCCCUGCUGAGCUGCCUGCUGAUAGCAGAGAGGAGCCGGACUCAGAGCCAGCAGCUGCUGUUGAGGAUGCUAAUGAAGAGCAGGAAGAGGAGGAGAAGGAAGCUCCUGCUGUCCCAGCGAAAAAGAAGGCAAAAACCAAACGCAGGUCAGGGAGGGCCACAAACAGACGCUGAGUCAAAGAUAAGAUGUGGAAAGAGUGGAAACCUGGCACAAUCGUAAUCUUAAGAUGAGAUGUGUCAGUAUGUGAAGAGGUGCUUUCAUGAAACCGAGACCAAGAAGUGAACGGCCCUGCCUCUCUCCAUGUUGGAACGUCUGAAUUAAGCACACACCAACAAAUAGGAAGAAUGAUGGUGAAUCCCGGUGGAACAUUAUGCGAUGCUCUUCCAGGGUGGGAAAUUAACACCUGACAGCUAUCACAUACAUGUUAAAUCAGUGUGGGGUGGGUAAGUAUCUAAUAUUGGCUCUCAGUCAGAGAAUGAUGUCUCCAGCCUCACCAGUAUAUUACAGCCCUCAAAAUAAGAUCAUUAUAACGUGUGUCUCACUCAGAACAAACCCUUUUCCUUCCAAAUUUACAAAUCUGUAAUAACUGCAUUUAAACUGCCUAAAAAUAACACUUUUUUUAAAUAAAUGAUUGGUUACCCACUAGAAAGAAAAUCCCCUGGAUACACAUGCUGUGUCCCAAUCCCAUACUUCAUACUAAAAUCUAAGCAGGCUCUGUCAAAAUAAAGUACCCUUUAAAAAAAUGUCACUUACAUUAUUCUGCCACUGCAAAAAAGCAAUGGAGGAGCCGCUCACAGCUGCUAAACAUCGAAACAUAUUGCGGAUUAAAGCUAAAUAUGGGUAUGGAUGAAUUGUAAUAACACUGGAGAUCCCUUUGACUUUCCAACUUGCGCCAUCAGGUCAAAAUUUAAAUUUGUCCAAUAUUUUGGUUUAUGACCAAAUACCUUCCGAAUUAACAACAUUCCAUCAGCUGUGCUUUGUGUUUAGAGCUAAAUCGCAAUUGUUGGCAUGCUAAACUAAGAUGGUAAAGAUUAUACCAGCUUAACAUCAGCCUCUUAGCAUUAUCAUUGUGAGCAUGUUAGCAUGCUGACUUGAGGAUGUAGCUCAAAGCACCACUGUGCUGAAGUACAACCUCACAGAAUGAAUUUAAUUUAUGUAGCACACUUUAAAAUACAGCAAAAUCUCAAGGUGCUUCACUUAAAGGAUAAAACAAUCCUAAUGCAGCUUUAAAACAAUUUACACACAAACAAAAACAGGAUUAAAAGCGUUAAAAUGGGAUAAAUAGAAUCAUAGACACAAUAUUUCGAGACCAAAGUUAAAAGUGAAUACAAUAACUCUAAAAUUAUAGUAAUUAUAAAAAACCUAGGGGAAGGCAGAGACUUGUUUGUAUACUAACUGCAAAAACGGUAUACUAUGAUAAUUAUACUGCAUACAAGAAAAAAUGGGAUUGGGACUAUGAUUAUAAUUGAUAGAAGCUAAAUGCUGAUUUAAUAUAAACAGUAUUUAAGUUGUAGUAUGACAUGAAUUUGUGUUUUUUUAGGGUUACUACAUCCACAAUUGAAAAUGAGAUUCUUUUUUUUUUCCACCUUCUAUUACUAACUAUUGAAAUCACUGCAAUUGCUUCUGACCCCUAAAUGAACAGCGUCCAGGCUUUUUUUUAAUGAGGCUGGAUGUAAGAAAAGAAGUGGGCUGGUAGAUUUUCUAACUUCUGUUUUGAAACCGGCUCACCAAAAAGUAAAUUUCCAGCCCUGUUGUCCUCAAGGAUCAGGAGGUUGACUGACAGAUUUAGCUGAUUCUCUAGCUUGCUAGAUGAACGUUUGUUAUAACUUAAUAUAACCCUACAAGUGGAGACAUUUUCAACAUUGCUAACCACGUAGCACAUGCUUUUAGCGAGCUGAAAUGUAGAAUGUAACCAAUUUAAGUAUUUGAGAGGGGUGACGACGUUUGUUUAAAGAGAGUGUUAAAAGGGUACUUUGGCUUGAGUGUUGAGAAAUGCUGAACCUUGAAUCUAACCACAGCUUUGUUCAGGGCAUUUUAUCAUACUGUUUUUUGUUUGUUUUUUUUGGACAUUUUGGGUUCAAGUUGAUGUCGUGUUUGGGGCACAAAAGUUGUC